CGACACAACACCAACAACAUCAACGACAGACGAUAAUACGCAUUUGUACAUACAAAUCAAAGAUUGACAUUGCAUACAAGAAGGCAACGACAGAAUGGCGCCUUCGAAGCCUCUCACCCUGCCUGUUAUACCGCUUGCAAAAGACACCGUCCUCCUCCCGGGCAUAGUUCUACGGAUACCGGUGGCUGGCAAUCGACCUGAUAUCCCAGCUCUGCUAUCGAGUGUUUACAGUCGAGCUGCCUCGAAAUCACCCAGCCAAAGGCUCGACCAUGUCCAUAUUGCCUGCGUUCCGCUGAACUCGCCACUUCUCACCAAGAAUGGACAGAAGAUGAUAUCGCAGGAUGAGCGGAGUCCGCAACCAAAGGAGCGCUGGGAUAUAAAUCCUGGCAGUGCUACAAAGGAGGAUCUGUUUGAAUAUGGUGUGGCUGCGAAGAUAUCGGGGGUGGAAGGACGGGGUACGGGAGAAUUUGCGUUGAUUGUUGAAGGCGUUGCAAGGUUACGGAUUGACAAGAUUACCCAAGAGCGUCCCUUCUUUGAGGCUGAGGUCACAUAUGAAUAUGAUGAGGCAAUAAACGGCGAAGAUGUUACUCUGCAAGGCCUCUUUGCGCACCUCAAGCAACUGUCUCGCGAGCUCCUCGCCCUUUUACGUUUAUCAUCUCUGUUACCCCGUGGUACUGGUUCUGGCCUCUCACCCAUACUGGCCCGGCGGCUUGAACAAUUUAUUGCAAGGAAGGCAUUGCAAGAUGCUGGUAUACUGGCAGACUUCAUGGCCAACAUUGUUGAAGCCUCUUUGGAAGAGAAACUGCAGAUCUUAGCUGCUUUUGAUAUCAAGGAACGACUCGAGAGAGCCAUUGAAUUGCUUCAGCGCCAGGUUGGGAACAUCAAGAACAACGUUAGCAUCACAACCUUUACGAGCACAACGCUACCUUCGAAUAUCGACCUGGAUAAGAUGAACCAAAUUAACAAUCAGCGAAUGAGAAGGCCAGGGAUUUCUGGAAUGCCUGGAAUGGCAGGAAUGGGCCCCCCAGAAGAUGAACAAGAACCAAACGAGAUGGACGAGUUGAAGAAGAAACUUGAUGCUGCGAAGAUGACUGCGGAAGCAUCUAAAGUCGCUGAGCGAGAACUCAGACGUCUGAAGAAGAUGUCUCCAGCUCAAGCUGAGUAUCAAGUCACCAGAAAUUAUUUAGAAAACUUGGCAGAGAUACCCUGGUCAGCCGCUACAGAGGACCAACUUGGCGUUGAGACGUUGUCGAGGGCGCGAAAGCAGCUGGACGACGAUCAUUACGGUUUGGACAAAGUCAAGAAACGGUUGCUGGAGUACCUGGCCGUGCUCAAGCUAAAGCAAUCGAUCAACGAGGAUGUGAAUGCCGAAGUUGCGAAGGCCGAAGAAGAAAAGGCGAUCGAGAAAGUGGAAAUUUUGAAGAGCAAGCGAAUGAUUGAUAAGUCACCAAUUCUGCUCUUAGUUGGUCCUCCCGGUGUUGGCAAGACGAGUCUGGCAAAGUCAGUGGCCACUGCUUUGGGGCGGAAAUUUCACCGCAUCUCUCUUGGCGGUGUCCGAGACGAGGCAGAGAUCAGAGGACAUCGCAGAACCUACGUUGCUGCUAUGCCUGGGCUGAUCGUGCAAGGCCUGAAGAAGGUUGGGGUCUCAAAUCCUGUUUUCUUGCUGGAUGAGAUCGACAAAGUUGGCACAUCAAACUUUCAUGGCGAUCCCUCUGCCGCCAUGCUCGAGGUCCUCGAUCCCGAGCAAAAUCAUACCUUCGUGGACCACUAUGUCAACAUCCCAAUUGAUCUUAGCAAAGUUCUGUUCAUCGCCACCGCGAACAGCCUGGAUACGAUUCCACCUCCGCUGCUGGAUCGUAUGGAAACAAUCUAUCUGUCAGGGUACACUACUCUCGAAAAGCGACAUAUCGCUCUCCAACACUUGAUCCCCAAGCAAAUUCGGACAAACGGUCUCGGGACCGGGCAGGUCGAGUUCAACCAAGAUGUCGUGUCCAAAAUCAUAGAGUCAUACACCCGUGAGUCAGGUGUCCGAAAUCUGGAGCGGGAGAUUGGCUCCGUCUGUCGUGCGAAAGCUGUGGAAUAUGCUGAAGCCAAAGAUGCUGGGCACGCCGAGAGGUACAAGCCUCAAUUAACCGUGGAAGAUAUCGAGGAGAUUUUGGGAAUCGAGAAAUACGACGAGGAAAUCGCCGAAAAGACAAGUCGUCCCGGCAUCGUGACUGGUCUCGUGGCAUAUAGCUCAGGUGGCAACGGAAGCAUACUUUUUAUCGAAGUGGCUGAUAUGCCAGGCAGCGGGAGCGUGCAGCUUACAGGAAAACUCGGCGAUGUGCUCAAGGAAAGCGUCGAGGUCGCACUAAGCUGGGUCAAGGCGCAUGCGUACGAGCUGGGCUUGACACACGACCCCUCUGAGAACAUCAUGAAGAACCGUAGUAUUCAUGUUCAUUGCCCUUCGGGGGCCAUUCCAAAGGAUGGUCCUUCUGCCGGCGUUGCACACACCAUUGCGCUGAUCUCGUUGUUCUCCGGCAAAGCAGUACCACCGACGAUGGCCAUGACAGGCGAAAUCUCACUUCGAGGGCGCAUCACCGCAGUCGGAGGCAUCAAGGAAAAGCUCAUCGGUGCCCUGCGAGCUGGUGUCAAAACCGUCCUACUUCCUGCCCAAAAUAGGAAGGACGUAAAAGACCUCCCGCAAGAAGUAAAGGACGGGUUGGAGAUUAUCCACGUCAGACAUAUCUGGGAAGCCAUGCGUCACGUUUGGCCAGAAGCCCACUGGCCCGGCGAGCAAAACUUCGCUGGCAUCGAGAGCCAGCUGUAAACUAUUAUUCACCUCCACGAAAACCAGAGAAAAACAGUUAGUAGUGCGAACUGCUCUCCCCACCACACCUGUAGUUUAUAUCUCCCUUUCCCAUCUCCUAUCUAUUUUAGCUUAGCGCGGAUGGUUAGGGGCGAGGCAUAGUAGAGAAGUUUGUCAACAAUUGGAUUUAAUUACCUAAAUCACAUUCGACGAAUUUUUUCAAUCAGU